GUGAUGUUUUCCACAAAUCUUAAUGCACUAUUCUUAGUAGUAAUCUAAGGGUUGGUCUUUGGGUUGCUAAGGGUAGUAGGGUUUAGAGUUAGGGUUGGUCCUAACAUGAGCUUUUAUGAAUGGGAAAAUAGGAAAGAAUCGUUGGUGGACCUCUUUUUCAGCCGGACCCUUGUUUUAAUUUAUAGUUGGUUGAUGAUUAUGCUAGUUUUCAACAAAGUUUUGAUCCUGGAUAUUUAUUUUCUAUAUUAUAAAACAUUUUGUUGAUUUUCUAAAAUUGUUUAAGUCUCUAAAUUAUUGUGUUAUGUGUGCUUGUCUUCUUCGUUUGGGCUUUUUGGUGGAGUUAUGUUCUGUUUUUAUCCUUGGUUUGUUUUGAGAUUUGUUCUGGUGUGGUGUGUCACUUUAGUUAGUUUUUUACUUUAUUUAGAAAACAAUUUUUCAAACCCCCCCAUCUUUUAAUUUAGUUUAUAGAUUUUAGAUAGUUGUUUUCACUCAAUAAAAAGUGACAAACUAUCUGAUUUUUGCAUGCGCUUGAGGAGUGGAAGAGUAAUUGGUGAUAUAGAGGUAAACGGUAGGAACUCUGAGGUAAGUGUGUCUGAACCCAAUUCUUUUAAUAGCAAGUUUGUUGCUGAAUCUGAGGAUAGACCUGCCAAUUUGCUUGCUGUUGAUUUGUUUGAUUCUUGUUCUGAUAGCAUCUUUGAUAAUCUUUUUGAAAUAAAUUCUGAACCAAAUAUGACAACUUUAAGAGAAUUGGCAGCCCCUAACCUAAAUGUUCAACCGCUUUCUAUCACAUAUGCUGAGCUAGAAAAGCCUUUAAAACUGAAUUCUGGCUUCAUAAAUUUACUUCCAAAAUUCCAUGGGAGUUUAAAAUUUGACAAGGCAAUGCUAGACUUAGGUUCUUCAAUAAAUGUGAUGCCCAAGGACAUUUUUGAACAACUCCACAUUGGAGACCUAAAAAGAACAGGGGUAGUGAUCCAAUUAGCAGAUAGGAGUCACACCUACCCCGAGGGGAUCUUAGAGGAUGUUUUGGUUAGAGUAAAUGACUUCAUUUUUCAUGCUGAUUUUUACAUUCUAGAUAUGGGAGUUGAUAAAACCGACAUUCCCAUUUUGUUGGGAAGACCGUUUUUGAAAACAGCCCGGGCUAAAAUUGAUGUUCACGGGGGUACUUUAACAAUGGAGUUUGAUGGUGAGAUAAUUAAAUUUAGUCUUUCUGAAGCAAUGAAACACCCUCAUGAAGAGAAUCAAGUCUUUGCUAUGGAUGUAAUUGAUAAAAUCACUGAAGAAGUUUUCAGUAAAUCAAAUGAUGAUGCUCUGUACACUGUUUUAACUGAAAGUUUAGACCCUUUUGAGAUUGAAAAAUUAAAUUUUUCACUUCCUGAUGAUGUUUGCUUUUAUGCUGAAAAUUUGUCCUCAGUGGAAGAGGUUAAAACUGAAUUUGGAAAUCCCUAAGACAAAACCACUUCCUUCUUUGAUUUCCCCACCUGAAAUUGAACUUAAAGAGUUGCCUCUUCAUCUUAAAUAUGCUUUUUUGGGUGAAAAUGGAACACUUCCUGUGAUCAUAUCAAAUCUUUUAACUGAACCACAAGAAUUAAUGUUAUUGAGAGUUUUAAAGGAACACAAGAUUUCAAUACUAAUAAGAUUUUUAAAGUUAAUGGGCACCGAUUGAAGGUGUAUCACCAAGGUGAGCAGGUUGCUAAGGUCGAGGACAUCUUCCUCGAGGAGCCAUGAGAUGCGGCAGUAAAGUCUAGCCAGGACUACUAAACAGGGCAGCCUUCUGGGAGGCAACCCAGCACAAAAAACAAAAAAAAAACAGGCAUUUUAGUUACAUUUAAGUUUUCUUUUAUAUUCAAUUUUUUUUUUUAAUUUUCCUUGCAUACUCUUUGCAUUUAGUUUAGGAUCAUUUUUAAGCUUUCAUUCAUUCAAUUAGCAUAACAUGCCCUGAGGACAGUGCAUAGCCUAAGUGUGGGGGUGUGCAGCUAUUUCUUAGCACUUGGAUCCAUGAAACCUUUAGUUUUUUUUUCUAACUAAAAAAAUCUGCACUUUAAUUUGAAAAAAAAGCACUGAUUUGUUUUUAAACAAGCUGCAGUUGAUUUCAUUCUAAAUCAUAAGGAAGGGUAUAGUUUUAUAAGAACAUAUUUGGCACCAGGAGUUAUAAAUCUGAUUUUCAGACCUUAAUACACUUCUGCAUCUUUAACUUUCCUUAUACCAGGCCUUGCACAGCUGCAUUUUUGUUGUUUCUGGAAAAAAAACUGCAGUUUUCUUUUUUGAAGAAAAAAUACAGAUUUGCUGCUUUUGAGAAAAAAAACAGAUUUUUUUUAAAAGAAAGAACAGAAUUUUUGGACUCUUCAUACCUGACCACUUUUAAAAUAAAGUGUUUGCACCAUUUAAGAGGAAUAAAACUGGAUCAGGAGAGGGAAUCAUGUGAAUACUGAAAUUUUUUUGUACUUCCUGGAGCUGCCUGGUCUGUGUUAAUGCUUCUUAUUGGCUCAAAAUUUCAGGAGUUUUAAUUGAAUUUCUCACAACAAUAGUCUAAGUUCUUAACUUAGAAGAAUUUGUUUAACCAUCCAAUUAUAUUAGUUGUUCAAUCUUUAAUUGUUUAAUCAAGUAGAAUGCUCCUUAUUUAAUAAUUUUCCUCUCUUGGUUAGUCACAUAAUCAAUUUUUGGUCUAAGUUACAUUCUUGCACUAUUACUCUCAAAAGGAUCUGCCUUCUAUCUUCUAUCCAUCUUCUUAUCUCUCCAUGCUAAGUUUCUGAGUAAAAUCUUAAGGAUGAUAAUAUUUAGCUAGAACUGGUAAAGUA